CUCUUCUAAAGUAGCCUCAACAACUUCUGAAAGGGUACCUUUCUUUCUCUUACAUCAUCAUUGUCCAUUGGUAUAGUUUCUUGUCAUUGCCACACAUUAAAUAGAGAGAAGAACCAUAGCAAGAGAUCAAGAAUCUUGCAGUAGCAGCACCAGUAGUAGUAGUAUAGAAUAAGCAAGAAAUUAAGAGAGAGCUUUUUAUAUCUCUCUUUAAAGAAUUGCAGAAGGAGAAGAAAGAUCUAUCUUUUUGUUGAUAUUAGUGAGAGAUAGAAAGAUGAUGAUUGUGAAUAAGAAAAUAGGAGAAGCAGUGCCCUUUUCAGUGAUGGUGCUGAUGGAAGGUUGCACUAUAGCACUUACCAUUUUGGCUAAGACAGCCAUGACCGGUGGCUUGAGCCCUUUUGUAUUUGUUGUCUAUACAAAUGCUAUUGGCACUCUUAUUCUCCUUCCUUAUUCCUUCUUAUUUCACAGGGAAAGGACAGAACAAUCACUCUUCACCAUACCUCUUUUCUUGCGAUUCUUCUUCCUGGGUCUAAUAGGGAUAGCCCUGUCCCAGAAUCUUGCAUUUGUGGGUCUAAGCUAUAGUUCACCAAUAGUAGUGUGUGCAAUGGGCCUCUUGAUUCCUGCUUUCUCUUUCAUCCUUGCUAUUUUUCUCAGGAUGGCAAAGUUAGACUUGAAUAGCUCAAGCUUCCAGUUCAAAGCGAUUGGCACAUUGAUAACAAUCACGGGAGCACUAGUAGUAGUCUUUUACAAAGGCCCAUUUGUACGACAAGAUUCACCUUCGAUUCUUAAACUGCACCAGAAACAACAACUUCUUGUUUUCUACUCUACCCCAGACCAUUGGGCUCUUGGUGGUUUUUUGCUUGCAGGUUCUUUUCUAUGCGUUUCCAUAUGGAACUUAAUCCAGAUGGGGACUGUCAAACACCAUCCCCAUGUCAUGAAAAUAGCGGCCUUUUAUAGCUUAGCUGGGACUAUUCAAUGUGCAAUCUUCUCUUUGAUUGUAGAGAGAGAUUUGGAUGCUUGGAAACUAAAGCUGAACUUGGAUCUAAUUCUCAUUAUUGUAACUGCACUCUUUGGAAGUGUUAUUCGUGGCAGUCUACAAAUCUUGUUUACACGCAUGAGAGGCCGUUUUUAUGUGCCCUUGUUCCAGCCAUUUAGGAUUUUUUGGGCUACCUUUUUUGGCGUCAGCUUCUUUGCAAACAGUCUUCACUAUGGCAGUAUCAUAGGAACCGUGAUAUGUGGAAUGGGAUAUUACACUGUAAUGUGGGGACAAGCCAGAGAAGAUGGAAAGCAGAAACCCCAUGACGUAGAAAGAGCCGACACUUCUGAUGAGAAGGUUCCUCUUCUGCAAGAUCAAGAUGCAGAAGCCUAGCAUCUCAACAAAUGUUACUUAUUUAGUAUGCUUAAGGGGAGAGCUGCUUCGAGAACCUUUCAUGACCAGAAAUUAAUUGGAGAAGGAUUCAUCAAAGCUCUGCAGUCCGCAGCCAUGUUGGACAGAUGUACAUAAUUUGUGUGAAUAAAGAUGUCGGAAUUUGGAAUGCAGGCUUGCUGUAAAUUUUGCAUGUUUUUUCUGUAAGCUUCUUGUAUUCAGUGAAGUUGGUCUUUUUAUGGUGCCAUUCAGGGCUAAUAAUAUAUAUAAUUGCGAUGGUUUUAAUCUGCA